UUACCUUCAGUUACCUCUUGGGUUCACAAUCUUCGAAUUGAGCCUUCAAAUCUUAAUCGGUUUGUUUGGCUCCAUUGGAAAUGCUAUCUCUUGCGCUGCCAUAAUCAGAAGACCAAAAGUGUUCUCUGCCAUGAGCCAUUAUCUUUUAAGCCUAGCACUCGCAGAUCUAGGUGUCUUGAUGUUUAUUUUACCUUUAACCAUCCUUCGAGCUCAAUUUCCUUUUAAAUGGGUCCUCGGGAGGUUUGUUUGUUUGUACGUUAAACCCUGUUUAGAAGCUUUCUAUGGAGCAUCUGUGUGGUCCAUCACGAUUAUUGCGGUCGAACGCUACGCAAACAUCGCCUGGAAAGAAAUAAGAAUUGGAGGAAGAAGGUCAUUGAAGCGAUCUCGGUUGAUCAUUAUCGCUGUAUGGCUGGUAUCCUUCGCUACACGCAGCAUACCACUUCUCGUCCAUGUAGAGUACUAUUCUAGUUUUCAGUUUUGCAUCAAUACACUGACGACGACCUCUCACCGUACAGUUGUCACGAUGAACUUCAUACUGCAUUACCUCCUGCCACUAAGCAUCAUAGCUUUCUGCUACCGAAGGAUCGGCAACAUGGUGUCCAGAAGAACAAGGAAAUUUCAAGACGAGACAACAAAGCUCUCGGGAGUGAGAGAAUCGUCCUCGAUGGUAAACUCGAAAGCCAUCUUACAUCAGACCAAGAAAACGCAACAAAUCCUGAGGCCGUUGGUGAUAUUGUUUGCUUUGACCAUGCUACCCUUAAAUGUGUUCGACCUUGUGGGAGUUUACUGGCCAGACCUCGUUUAUGUGAGCUUCCACAAAAUUCUCAUUCCGAUCGUGGCUAUAUCGACGUUCGCAAACUCUGCGGCAGAUCCUCUGGUAUACUGUGCUGUCAGUAGAGAGUUUAGAACAGAGGUGAAGUCGUUGCUACCCUUCUGUUUCCAGACACACCCUAAGAAGAGGAGACAAAGCAAUUCUUCUUCCCUCGCCAAGACAACAAGAUUAAGGGAAACUCAUAUGACGAGGGUUUCAAUUCAACACGAUACACCAUUUUGAGUGAAGGGGUAAAAAAAGACUGAGUGUGACGUGAGAACAAAAAGAAAUUUUGAAAGCUUGGAAAAAAACGCCAUUAAACUUAAGAUCCUUUAAUAUGUAAAACUGACAUUGUUUAUUUUGCAUUUGAGUCUCAGUGGAAGAGAUAUUAAAAAUAGAAACACGCUGGAUAAUUAUCAUCACUAAACAACAUUGCAAAUCAAAAUUAAUUUGCAGAAAUAGUUAACUCUCCGGUCGCCGAGUAAUUUUGGUUCCCCACAUUCAUAAUGUCUUAAUACCAAAAGCUUUAGACUGAUCAUAAUUCGUCGUAUGCACAGUUCUUAUGAAAUGACUGCAUUCUGUUUUUUUUUUGUGUUAAAUAAUCGUUUAAUAAUCGUUUAAUAAGUACGUCUCCAGUAAAAUUAAUGCAGUUGUCGGUUCCUGGGUAAAGUUCAUAAAUGAUCAAAAUGUUUCCUGUCGGCCUUGAAAAAGAUGAAAUUGUGGCUAAUAAAACAGCGGGGAAGCUGUGACCUUAAAUUGAACAAUUUUUUUCAAUUUUUUCGGUCUUACAGGUGGCUCGUCGCAUUAUCAUCUUCAUGUGUUUUCGCGGCUUAAAUGAAGACCUUUUGUGUCGAUAUUAUGUAACAUUUGUCGACAAAAUA